AGGGUACACGGUGUAUUUGAAAAUUUUCAGAAGUACACUGUGCAUUCGUUAAAACCUUAAAGGUAUACAGAAUAAUUUUUUUUUUUUUAAUUUUAAGAUUUAAAUAAGUAAAAAUAAAGAAGAAGAAAAUACUUUUGGUUGUAACUUGCAGCAGUGUGUAAAUUAAUUUUUUUGUCCCUUGGUGGAGGAGUUCCGUCUUUCCAUUGUGUGCUUUUUUUUUUUUUUUGAGGAGUUCCAUUGUGUUUAUGUUCUAUUAUUUUGUUUUUCGUUUUCAUUUUUGUUUCAUUAUCUAUUUUUAUUACUAUCUUGUUUUGAAAGAAAUAGACAAAAGGAUAAUCUAAUGGGUUAGGAGAAAAGUGGUCCAUAACAAAAGUCUACCUCAUAUUAUUGACUUGCUUAACGCGACAUACUUCCACAACAUACAUAGGAAACUUCCAAGUUCGUCUUAGAUACAUUUCUUAUACGAAUCCUAAAUUAUUAAGUAAUUUAUCAUCACAAAUUUCAACCUAUUUUGCUCCAACCUUCUAAUCCAACUUCAAAGCAAAAUCCAUGAACUUUCCUUGCACCUAAACCAUCUUCAUGAUCUUUUCUAACCCUUUAAAAAGUUCAUCAUCCUAUUAUAUAUAUUUAGAUCAAGCCAUGCCUAUUUUCCAUCAUCCAUCAAACAAUUUGCGAAUUUCCUCCAUGCUAGCAAAGCUGUAAUAUUCGAUAAACAAGUUAAUAUUUUUACAAUGGAGAAGGCAUCAUCAUCAUCAUCAUCUUACAACACACUUUCCUCAAAUUUCCUUGAUUUAAUUUUCCUACAUGUUAUUUUUGACUUGAAACAUAACUUGUCAAAUUUCUUCACGAGUUCUUGGUCACUUUUCCAUGCAAAGUUUCAUUUCUUCAACUCUUCUGAGGCCGUCAUGUUUGAGCCAAAGAGCAACAACAUUAUUGUAGGGAAGCAAUCUUCGAUUAGCUCUAACGAUGUAGUAUCUAUUGAUCAUGAUGAUGAUUGCUUGUUUGGACGCGAUAUAGACAUGAUCAUGGAAAUACUUGGAAUUCAACAUUGUUUUGAAGGAGAAGAGCUUCAAAAGAAGUGGGGUUGUAAAGAAUUAUCUAAUAUAUUCGAAGAUGAACCAAGUUUGGAAGAGGUAAAAGAAGCUUUCGAUGUAUUUGAUCAAAAUAAAGAUGGGUUUAUAGAUGCAGGGGAAUUACAGAGAGUGCUAUGUGUUUUAGGGAUAAGGAAAGGGGUAGAGUUGCAAGAUUGUAGAAAAAUGAUUAAGGGUUUUGAUCAAAAUAAUGAUGGGAAAAUAGAUUUUAAUGAGUUUGUAGGGUUUAUGUUAAAGACUUUUAAUUGAAAUAUAUAUUUCAUUUUUUUAUGAA